GUCCCUCACCUACGGGGCCAUCCCUCACAGGAUCAGGUAAACAGCUCCCACCAAUCGGCUUGUGGACGCCUCUGUCCAGCACUCUCCUGGAAACUGGCUUAGAAAGUCGCGACCUGGCGUGGUGCUGACGCCAUCGCUCAGGCUGAGGGUUUGCUGCGGGGUUCCUGGAGGCGGAUGCGAAGAAGAACGAGGAGAGUGACCUCACGAUCCUCGGAAGCUGGAUCCGAACCCUUUCGCUUGGUGGAAGCAGAAACAUAGGUCGAUGUCUGGACUGGUCUCAGCUGCGAAAUUGCUGUCUUUUGCUGCCUUCAGUGACAAAUGAGGUUUGAGUCAUCAGUGCUUUGAGGCUGUCUCAUUCUGGGUGUUCUGUCUCACAUCCAGGGGUUCCUGCAGAGUCUCCUCAAGGCUUUAUUUUUAUCAAGCUGCCACCAAGGUUCUUCACAACACAUUUGUGUCUAGUAGCUAAUUGUAUAGUGCUUUGAGUGGAGACUCUAGGACCAAGCCAUGAAUAGCCUCUCCCGCUCAUGACUCUACACUAGUCUCCUUUUCUCAACUGUAUCUCCAAUAUCAUUUGUGUGUUUCCAAGGGCAAAACCAUGAACAAGCAACUUGCAAACAUCAUGAAUGAAUAUGUGGACAAUGUAUCCCUAAACCUGAGUUGUUCUUCAAAUUGGAACAGGGAGCAGAGCCAUGGACAGCAGAUGAAUCUGCAAACCAGAGUCUGCCAGGCUUCUACAAUGUGGAUGGCAACCUCACUGAACACCAAGAAACAUACUCAGGGAGCAAAUCUUGUAAAUGCCUUGAAAGUAAAAAAACCUUUACUAGCCAAUCAGACCUUAAAGUUCAUCCGGGGACACAUAACCAGAGAAAAGCCCAUAAAAAUGGAGUCAGACAUUUCACAAGCCUUCCAGAAAGAACUCACCUGUUUCAUCUGCCUGAGCUGCCUGACAGAUCCAAUCACCAUAAGCUGUGGUCACAGCUUCUGUCGAGCCUGCCUCCACCUUUCCUGGGAAGACAUCCAACCACCUGUCCAAUGCCCUAUUUGUAGGGAACAAUAUCAGAAGGAAUUGAGAACCAACAUUGUUUUGAAGAAGCUGGUCCAAGCCAGCCUCAUGAAGGACCUAACCUCUGAGGAGCAAAAGUGUGUGACCCACGAGGAUACUAAGAGGAUCUUCUGUGCUGAGAAUAGGCUCUUCCUCUGUGAACUCUGCUCUAACUCCCAUGAGUACAGAGGACACAGACACUGUCCCAUUGAAGCAGCUGCUGAGGAUCAAAUGGAUAGACUUUUGAAGCAAAUGGCAUCUUUAUGGGAGAAGGUCCAAGAAAAUCAAGAGAAUUUAGAGGCAGAGAACAGAAUGAAAACUCUUUGGACUGACUACUUGACUUUUUGGGAAGAAAUGAUCAGGACAGAGUAUAGAAAGCUACAUCCACUCCUCUGCGAAGAGGAAGAGAAACACAUUGAGUCUAUGAGAAAUGAAGGCCAAUGUGUUUUAGAGAAACUCAGGACAAGUGAAGCCAUGAUGAUGCAAAAGAGUAAAGAACUAAGAGAAAUGUAUCAGGAGCUGAUGGCAAUGUUCCAGGAGCCAUAUGUGGUCCUGCUGCAGCGUUUGGAGGACAUGUUCAGAAGUGAGUUAAUACAGCUGAGCAUGCCGCAGCCUAUUAAGACAGAACUCAAUGCUCUACCCAUCACUGGACUGACUGAAAGUUACAUACAGUUCCAAGUGCUCAUAUCUUUGACAACUUAGCCAUGUUGCAUUACAAGAUGAACCUAUUUAAUGCCAUGAGAAGACUGAGCUUCAGACCUCACCAUAAAGAUACAUCUGCGGAUUCUGUUGGAUGCUAUUUGGCUUCCUGGAGAUCACAGAGCUUCAUCUCAGGGAAAUAUUACU